AUAAGGCUAUCACACACUACGACAAAGUCAUGUCGGUACCAUGGGGAAUCCGAAUUUUACCCAACGUGUCACGCGUCGACAGAAAUGUAACAUACCGGAUUUUCAUCAUCAUAUUUACAUUCCUGGUGUACACUUCAUACCACAUGUCCAGAAAACCAAUUAGUGUUGUGAAGAGCGUUUUGAAUCAAAAUUGUACCUAUAUUCCAUUCCCCAUCGGCAAAGUGAACCCAAACAACACUAAGUGGUGUGACUGGGCCCCAUUUGAUAAAAGUAAUUCAGGAGAACUUCUGGGAAGCUUGGAUUAUGCUUAUCUGUUUGCCUAUGCCAUUAGCAUGUUUAUCAGUGGCCAUGUUGCUGAGCGGAUAAGUUUGCGAUAUUUUCUGACGUUUGGCAUGUUGGGUAGCGGGCUGUUGACGGCGGCGUUUGGAAUGGGAUAUUUCUGGAACAUACAUUCCUUUUCUUACUACAUUGUGGUGCAAGCGAUUGGUGGGAUGUUCCAAUCUACCGGUUGGCCCAGUGUAGUCGCCUGCAUGGGAAAUUGGUACGGCAAAGGAAAACGAGGUCUCAUCAUGGGUAUCUGGAACUCGCACACGUCGGUGGGCAACAUCCUCGGUUCGAUCAUCCCCGGAAUAUUCGCCGACCACGCCUGGGGCUGGUGCUUCAUCGUUCCCGGGAUCAUCAUCUGCAGCAUGGGCAUCCUCGUCUUCUUCUUCCUCGUGCCACGACCAGAGGAUGUGGGUUGCCGAGCCCCAGACCAUCAAGGAACAGGAGUGGUGGCUGAAGACAAAUCCAUCGAUGUAGAGGCUGAGGCAGGAAGUACUGUUGUGAACUCUGUGGAGCUGCCACUUCUUGCAAAUAAGAAAAAACAUAAAGCAAUAACCCUGUGGAGUGCUCUUAAAAUACCCGGUGUUUUAGAAUUUGCGCUGUGUCUAUUUUUUGCCAAACUAGUCAGCUAUACAUUCCUGUUUUGGUUGCCAAAAUAUAUCUCUGCCAGACGACCUGAAUACACGGCUAAAACAGCUGCUGAUCUCUCUACAUUCUUUGACAUUGGUGGAAUAGCAGGAGGUAUUGUAGCGGGUGUGAUAUCAGACAGAACAGGUGCCAGAGCUUCCACGUGUAUGGUGAUGCUAUUACUAGCCGCCCCGAUGAUGUAUGUUUAUGAUUUGUAUGGAAGUGUGAGUUAUGCACAGAAUGCAGGUCUUCUGCUGUUGUGUGGUUCUCUAGUCAAUGGUCCAUAUGCACUGAUAACGACAGCGGUCAGUGCGGAUCUCGGGACACACAAAAGUUUACAGGGAAACUCGCGAGCUCUGGCCACGGUCACCGCCAUCAUAGAUGGAACCGGUAGUAUAGGCGCUGCACUGGGUCCACUGUUCACAGGGCUGAUCUACCCGACGGGUUGGAACAAUGUUUUCUGGAUGUUGAUCGCCGCCGACCUGGCUGCUCUGUUGUUUCUUGGUCGCCUUGUAACGAAAGAAGUUGCGUCAGGCUGCGAUGCGAGACGUAAAACCCUAUAUGAUAAAAUCGAUGACUCUGACGGAGUAAUACAAUGAUACAAUAGGUGCCUUUAAAGGGGGGGGGGGGGGGGUUCACACUAGGUGAUGUUUUGAAACAACAUUUAGUGUGCAGUUUGUAGUAAUGACUUGUAAUAUCAUUACAACUGUCAGGGAUCAAAUGUAAUAUUAUUUUCUGUCAUCACUUUGAACAAAUCAGUCAAUUUAUAAUCAUUGAAAUGUACAUUAAUUAUGCUUUGGGGGUACUGUAUGUACCUUCUAACUUAUACCAAAAAAAAAGGUUGGAGGUGGGUUUUGUUUUUCUAUUUUAAAAAUGUGUCAUAUGGAAGAAUAAUAUUUCCAAUAGUAUAUCAUUUCAUAUUGCACAAAUACUUUGCUACUAGAGACGGGAAUUAGCACAGUGGUAAAAUGCUUGCCUGAUGUGCGGUCAGUGUAGGAUCGAUCCCCGCCAGUGGGCCCAUUGGGCUAUGUCUCGUUUCAGCUAGUGCAUCAUGACUGGUAUAUCAAAGGCCAUGGUACGUGCUACCUGUCUGUGGGAUGGAGCAUAUAAAAGAGUCCUUCCUUCUAAUGGAAAAGAUCUCCCUGUCUUGGAUAGAACUCUCUGGCAAAAUCAGAGGAUGUGCCCAUGACAGGUGUGCUUGAACAGUUAUCUGAUGGAAGCAUGCCAAAAAUUACUCACAGCCACAUAUAUUGGAAAAAUGUAGCGGGUUUCCUUUCUAAGACUAUGUGAAAAUUAUCAAAUGUUUGACAUCCAGUAGCCGAUGAUUAAUAAAUCAUUGUGCUCUAGUGGUGUUGUUAAACAAAACAAACUUUUAAACUUGGUGCACAAUAAGGACUAUGCAGCUAGAAGGGAAGUAACUCUGUGCUGUACGCAAUUGUGAAAUUUGUUAUAAAUUGAUCAAAUGGUUUAAGCAAGCAUUGCUUGAUAGAAAAUAAUUAAUCGAAACAUCACUAGUUUGUAGUUCUCUGUUUUUGCAUAAUACUUCUGAUUCUGCACGACUUGUGUCUAGAAUUACAUCAUUAUGAUUUAAUAUUUUACUCAAUACAAGUCAGUUAUGUGUUACAAGCCAUUGCUACAAAUCACAAAGUGUGAACAUGCCUUUAGAGAUUUUUUUUGUAUUAAUUAAAGGCACUUAGUCCUAAUUUAACCCUGGUUGUGACAUCCGACACAUACAUUUAAAAGUUUUUAACAUAAAUUAUGUGUUAAAGCCACUGACCUUUAACAUUGGUGGUGAUGUGCGACGAAUACAUAUUUAUUUCAACAAAAUCCAGUGAUAAAUAGAAAUUAUUAUAUGAGCUUGAGUGCCAUACUGAUUUUACUAAGCAAAUGUCACGAUUUUUGUAUACAUGAAUCCAGACACGUGUUACGUAAAGUCAGUACGACUCGCACGCGAGUGUAAUAUUUUCUUUAUUAUCCAUAUUAUUAUUAUUAUUAUUAUUAUUAUAUUUUUUAAUAAAAAAACAAGGACCGUCUCAAUAUGUUUUGACGACAACUAGAAGGAGACAACGAAAUUAUUUCAUGUUUGACAUGCAAAUUCUGAGCUAGGACUGAGAACAUUAAUUUUCCCCAUCCACUCGUUUAUCUCAGAACAUAUAAUAAUCUUCAAAUUCAGCAAAAAACAAACAACCAACCAACAACAAAAAGUUUAUAAUAUCAAAAAAUGAGCAAAUUAUGCAGGCCCGUAUGCAGAAUUUUAUAUAUAUAUGUGUGUGUGUGUGUGUGUGUGUGUGUGUGUGUGUGUGUGUGUGUGUGUGUGUGUGUGUGUUUUGAAUUUCUCGUGAUGGGACCAACAAUCGUAAAAUUAAAAAAAAAAAAAUCCCCCCAAACAAAUCUUUUACGUAAUUGUUAUCUAAAUUUUAUGGGGGGGAAAUGUCGACCUUUAAUAAUUUGGCCUGUUAAGAUACGCCCUAGUUUUUAAACCCUAAAUAGAGCCGACAUUGACAAUUUAAAUUAGAAGUUAUUAACAUGUUAUAUCCAUUCCCGUACAUCGAUUCCCGUACUUCCGAAGUGUUUAUCGUCUUCCUUGUGUUUGUAAAGUGCUCGCCGAAAACACACGUCCCAAGUUCAGCCAGCAAACGUUUCGCUAUCGUUGGCGAACUAUUUUAUUAGUUAUGGUUUACUGUAAAGCGCAUACACUAGUCUAGCAGACGGUUUUUUCCCGCUUGGUCUGGCUGAACGCAGCUCUGAGGGCUUCGUUCCACAAAGCGAUCUUAGUGCUCAUUUACUCAUUUCAUCUUAUUUCCGUGCUUAUAUCCAAUUAUGAU